CAGAAUGUUAUUGGCUCUAGCUAUAAUCAGUCUUUGCAUGCAGUGAGUGAAAAUGACUUGUUCAUUUAAAAGAUUCAUUCAAAAUCAUAAUGACCGAGACGCCACCAGUAGGCUCUUAUGAAGUUUUGUGCAAUGUUAGGCACACGUUAAGAUAUAUAUUUGUGCAGUAACGAGUCGUCUUUUCUGCAUUUUAUGUAAUGCUAUAUUUUAUGUCAUUCAUGAUUCUGUUAGUGUUAAACUGACUCGGCUUACUAAUUACAAUAUUAACUUCACAAGUAAGAUCAGUGGGCACUUGGACACUUUAAAGCACAUACACAAUUGUAACGGUGACCUGGUAGUCUUCACUUGAUCUUUGCGGUCUGCGACUCCCCGAUAUUCCUCUGCAAACAGUGAGUACUGCUCGUUGGCCUCUGAAUACCAUUGAACUCUUCUAUCAGCGCAGUAUGACAGAUGCAAUCUAUGUUGUCAAGAAUUGGCAGGCUGUCCACCAAAGGCUCGGUGCUGCUACUGUGUGACAUGCAGGAGAAGUUCAGACCCACUAUUUUCCAGUUUACAAACAUUGUGAGCAAUGCCGCAAGAUUGCUACAGGCAUGUCGCAUUUUAAGCAUCCCUCAGAUUUUAACUGAGCAGUACCCUAAAGGUCUGGGCCCCACUGUUCCUGAGCUGGGGGCCGAGGGCUUGAAGCCUCAUACAAAGACCAGUUUCUCCAUGAUGACGGAGAGUGUGGAGAGCUCACUCAAAAGCCUGGGAGACCCUCAGCAGGUCAUAUUAUGUGGCAUCGAGGCUCAAGCGUGCAUUGCAUGCACAACAUAUGAUCUCCUGGAGCGAGGCAUGGAGGUUCAUAUUGUAGCAGAUGCUGUCUCUUCUCGAAGUCAGACAGAUCGUCUUUUUGCACUGUCACGUCUGAAGCAGAGUGGGGCGUUUCUCACCACUACAGAGGGAGUUUUAUUACAGCUAGUGCAGGAUGCCAAGCACCCCAACUUUAAAGAGAUCCAGAAGCUCUUGGCUCACCCCUCCCCUGAUACAGGCCUGCUGGCCUUCUUCAGCUCUCUGUAGGGCCAGUCACACACCACACCCUGCAGACAUAAUUACAUCAGUUACUAGAAAUCAGCACAAACCGCUUUCUGAACCUGUUAGAGUUAUGUGAGCGCUGUGCAUUAGUGUAUUUGAAUAAGAUAACAUCCAAAGAAACAGAUAUUUGACAUUUGAAAAUGUUUCAAAUGGUUCUACAAUUCAGAGUUUUUGGUAACGCUUCUGGUUCUGCAUGUUAACAUUACUUAAUGCAUUAUCUACCUAUGAGCAAUGCAUUUGUUACAGAAUUUAUUAAUCAUUGUUAAUGGUAUUUCAUAAAAACAACUUUCCAUUGCUAGUUAAUGUUAUUUAAUAUUAACCGAUACAACUUCAGAUUUUUAUAAUGUAUUAGAUAAUUUUAACAUUAACUAUGAUUAAUAAAUGCUUUAGAAGUAUUUUUAAUUUGUUAGUUCAUAGUAACUAAUGUUGAAAACUCACUUUAUAAAUGUUAUCACAUUUAUUAAUCAAGCUUAAUUUUAAUUAGAUUUUUUUAUUAGAUUUUUCAUUAUUAUUUUAUGUUUGAUCAUAAAAGGUUAACAAUGUAUAUUUUAACAUACGACUUUAAUGUGUGUUAUAUGUGUAAAUUAAAAAAAAAAAAAUGUGUCCUUUAUUGUUAACUUACAAGUAAAGUGAUAUUAAUGCAUAAGACCUUACUGUAAAAUUACCAAAUGACUGUAUUCGGUACAUUCAUCUUUAUAAAAUAAGAAUAAAACUUAAGCCUCUUGAUUAUGCAUAUGGUGUUGAUAUGUGAUAGCCUACGUGACGUUUGUUUUCCCCUCAC